AUGGAUCGUCAAAAUCAAGACCUUCAGAGAGCACUGUCGCGAGAUGAUCUUCCGGCGGUCAUAGGCCUAUUACAACAAGGUACUGACGUUAACCAACCAGAUCAAAAUGGAAAUACUCCAUUACACAUGGCCGCACAACGUGGCAAGAAAGAUAUCAUGGAGUUUCUCAUUAAACAUGGUGGUGAUGUAGAGAAAGAGAAUGAAAAUGGACAGACACCCUUACAUCUUGUCACAUCGCAUGGAAACCUUGAAGCAAUGAAAGUAAUACUCAGCCACGGUGGAAAUGUGUACAAAGAGGACAACAUAGGCAACAGUGCAUUACUCAUCGGCGUAAAGAAUGAUCACAAGGAUGUAGUGCGAUACUUCCUCAGUCAAGGCACCAGUGUGAAUAAGGUCAAUAGUAAAGGAUGGACACCCUUGUACAUCGCUGCCGGUCGGGGCAAGAUUGACAUGUUGAAAUACUUGAUCAGUAAAGGAGCCGAUGUACAUUGUACACAUGAAAACAAUUUGUUGCCAUUGGCAAACGCUUCAUCAAUUGGUCAUGUAGAGGUAGUGAAGUAUCUUCUAAGUCAAGGAGCUGAGGUGAAUAAGGGAGAUAAUAUUGGCUCGACUCCUUUACGCGUUGCUGCUCAAGAAGGUCAUCUGGAUACAUGUGAAUAUCUGAUCAGUCAAGGAGCUGAGGUGAAUAAAGGGAGGAAUGAUGGUGGGACUGCAUUACACAGUGCUGCUCAGAAAGGUCACCUCGAUGUAACCAGAUAUCUGAUCAAUCAAGGAGCCGAGGUAAAUAGGGUUGAUGAUGAUGGUUACAGUGCAUUGCGUGGUUCUGCUAUAAAUGGCCAUAUUGAGGUUACCAAAUAUCUGAUUAGUCAAGGAGCUGAGGGGAAUAAGGGAGAUAAUAUUGGCUCGACUCCUUUACGCGUUGCUGCUCAAGAAGGUCAUCUGGAUACAUGUGAAUAUCUGAUCAGUCAUGGAGCUGAGGUGGAUAAAGGGAGGAAUGAUGGUGGGACUGCAUUACACAGUGCUGCUCAGAGGGGUCAUCUUAAUAUCACCAGAUAUCUGAUCAGUAAAGGAGCUGAGGUGAAUAGGGUAGAUGAUAACGGUUACAGUGCUUUGCGUGAAUCUGCUUUCAGCGGUCAUACAGAGGUCAUCAAAUAUCUCAUUAGUCAAGGAGCUGAGGUGAAUAAGGGAGAUAAUGAGGGCUGGACUUCAUUACAUCUUGCUGCUCAAGAAGGUCAUCUGGAUACAUGUGAAUAUCUGAUCAGUCAUGGAGCUGAGGUGGAUAAAGGGAGGAAUGAUGGUGGGACUGCAUUACACAAUGCUGCUCAGAAUGGUCACCUUGAUAUAACUAGAUAUCUGAUCAAUCAAGGAGCCGAGGUGAAUAGGGUAGAUGAUGACGGUUACAGUGCUUUGCGUGAAUCUGCUUUCAGCGGUCAUACAGAGGUCAUCAAAUAUCUCAUUAGUCAAGGAGCUGAGGUGAAUAAGGGAGAUAAUAUUGGCUCGACUCCUUUACGCGUUGCUGCUCAAGAAGGUCAUCUGGAUACAUGUGAAUAUCUGAUCAGUCAUGGAGCUGAGGUGGAUAAAGGGAGGAAUGAUGGUGGGACUGCAUUACACAGUGCUGCUCAGAGGGGUCAUCUUAAUAUCACCAGAUAUCUGAUCAGUAAAGGAGCUGAGGUGAAUAGGGUAACUGAUAACGGUUACAGUGCUUUGCGUGAAUCUGCUUUCAGUGGUCAUACAGAGGUCAUCAAAUAUCUCAUUAGUCAAGGAGCUGAGGUGAAUAAGGGAGAUAAUGAGGGCUGGACUUCAUUACAUCUUGCUGCUCAAGAAGGUCAUCUGGAUACAUGUAGAUGUCUGGUCGGUCAUGGAGCUGAGGUGGAUAAAGGGAGGAAUGAUGGUGGGACUGCAUUACACAGUGCUGCUCAGAGGGGUCAUCUUAAUAUCACCAGAUAUCUGAUCAGUAAAGGAGCUGAGGUGAAUAGGGUUGAUGAUGAUGGUUACAGUCCAUUGCGUGGUUCUGCUAUAAAUGGCCAUAUUGAGGUUACCAAAUAUCUGAUUAGUCAAGGAGCUGAGGUGAAUAAGGGAGAUAAUAUUGGCUCGACUCCUUUACGCGUUGCUGCUCAAGAAGGUCAUCUGGAUACAUGUAGAUGUCUGGUCGGUCAUGGAGCUGAGGUGGAUAAAGGAAAGAAUGGUGGUUGGACUGCAUUACACAGUGCUGCUCAGAGUGGUCAUCUUAAUAUCACCAGAUAUCUGAUCAGUAAAGGAGCUGAGGUGAAUAGGGUAGAUGAUAACGGUUACAGUGCUUUGCGUGAAUCUGCUUUCAGCGGUCAUACAGAGGUCAUCAAAUAUCUCAUUAGUCAAGGAGCUGAGGUGAAUAAGGGAGAUAAUGAGGGCUGGACUUCAUUACAUCUUGCUGCUCAAGAAGGUCAUCUGGAUACAUGUGAAUAUCUGAUCAGUCAUGGAGCUGAGGUGGAUAAAGGGAGGAAUGAUGGUGGGACUGCAUUACACAAUGCUGCUCAGAAUGGUCACCUUGAUAUAACUAGAUAUCUGAUCAAUCAAGGAGCCGAGGUGAAUAGGGUUGAUGAUGAUGGUUACAGUCCAUUUUGUGGUUCUGCUAUAAAUGGCCAUAUUGAGGUUACCAAAUAUCUGAUUAGUCAAGGAGCUGAGGUGAAUAAGGGAGAUAAUAUUGGCUCGACUCCUUUACGCGUUGCUGCUCAAGAAGGUCAUCUGGAUACAUGUGAAUAUCUGAUCAGUCAUGGAGCUGAGGUGGAUAAAGGGAGGAAUGAUGGUGGGACUGCAUUACACAGUGCUGCUCAGAGGGGUCAUCUUAAUAUCACCAGAUAUCUGAUCAGUAAAGGAGCUGAGGUGAAUAGGGUAGAUGAUAACGGUUACAGUGCUUUGCGUGAAUCUGCUUUCAGCGGUCAUACAGAGGUCAUCAAAUAUCUCAUUAGUCAAGGAGCUGAGGUGAAUAAGGGAGAUAAUGAGGGCUGGACUUCAUUACAUCUUGCUGCUCAAGAAGGUCAUCUGGAUACAUGUGAAUAUCUGAUCAGUCAUGGAGCUGAGGUGAAUAAGGGAGAUAAUAUUGGCUCGACUCCUUUACGCGUUGCUGCUCAAGAAGGUCAUCUGGAUACAUGUGAAUAUCUGAUCAGUCAUGGAGCUGAGGUGGAUAAAGGGAGGAAUGAUGGUGGGACUGCAUUACACAGUGCUGCUCAGAGGGGUCAUCUUAAUAUCACCAGAUAUCUGAUCAGUAAAGGAGCUGAGGUGAAUAGGGUAGAUGAUAACGGUUACAGUGCUUUGCGUGAAUCUGCUUUCAGCGGUCAUACAGAGGUCAUCAAAUAUCUCAUUAGUCAAGGAGCUGAGGUGAAUAAGGGAGAUAAUGAGGGCUGGACUUCAUUACAUCUUGCUGCUCAAGAAGGUCAUCUGGAUACAUGUGAAUAUCUGAUCAGUCAUGGAGCUGAGGUGGAUAAAGGGAGGAAUGAUGGUUGGACUGCAUUACACAGUGCUGCUAAGAAAGGUCACCUCGGUGUCACCAAAUAUCUGAUUAGUGAAGGAUCUGAGGUCAAUAAGGGAAAUAAUAUUGGCUCGACUCCUUUACACGUUGCUGCUCAAGAAGGUUAUCUUGAUACAUGUGAAUAUCUAGUCAGCCAAGGAGCAGAGGUUGAAAAGGUAGAUGGAGAUGGUUGGACACUCUGUGGUGCUGCUCGAAACGGUCACCAAUUUAUCACUAAAUAUUUGAUCGAACAAGGUGCUAAGGUGAAUGAUAGAUAUAGCAAUGGUCGAACUGCGUUACAUAUUGCUGCUCAGAAUGACCAUCUUGAAGUCACCAAAUGUCUCAUAAGGCAUGAGACAGAUGUUAAUACGACCGAUAUUCAGGGAUGGACCCCCUUACAUGUUGCUGCUGAAGGCGGCCAUUUUGAUAUAUGCAAGUAUCUAAUCGGUCAAGGAGCUGAGGUUAAUUAUGCUGAUAACAAGGGCUGCACAACUUUACACUUUGCUGUUGAAAGUGGCAAUCUCGAUAUCACUAAGCAUUUGCUUCGUCAAGGAGCUAAGAUUAACAAAGAAAAUUACCAGGGUGAUACACCAUUACAUAUUGCCGUUAAGCAAGGUUUCAUCGAGCUUGUUCAAGUUCUACUUUUAGGAGGAGCAUAUUGUUUUUCUGAUGACAAGGACGACCAGACAGCAUUACAUCAAACGUUGACUCUUGGGUUCAAAGAUAUCACCGAUCUACUCAUUGCUGAUUGGAAUUCAAAGAACAAUCUACCGGUUCUCCACAUUGCUGUCCUCCGCGGUGAUGCGUCCCUGGUAGAGAAAUUAAUCUCUUACGGGUGUGAUAUUAACACUCAAUCAAUUUAUGGUCAGACGUGUCUACAUAAAGCCAUUAAGUUAUGCUACAUGACUGAGAGGACUGUGAAGGAAACUGAAAUUUUGCAAAAGAUAUCCAAUGAAUACUACUAUGGUGCAUUACCUCCUGAGAAGGGACUUGUGUUCUAUCUUCUUGAUAGUGGAGCCAGAUUAGAUAUAAAGGACGAUGCAGGCAAUCUACCAAUCGACUAUGCUAAGGAUCAUGUGAUCAAUCAGAUGAUCUUGUUAAGGUCUCCUAUAGACGAUAUUGUAUAUUCAAAGGAUGCACCACCAAGCACUAGUAAUCUUUCCAUAGGAGCCAAGACAACUAACAACCAAGAAGUUGACUUAGGAGACCAUGACGUGUCAAUCUUAAUUCCUCCUGGCGCUGUUCUCCAUGAUGACAAGGGAGAGAUCACCCUUACAUUCUUACGGGAGCUACCCGGUAUCGACCUCCACGAAGAUGAAUCGGUGGCUUGUUACGGGAUCAGAUGUGAUCCUCCAAACACGAUGUUCGUCAAAUCUGUUAAGAUCAGGAUACCACACUCUUCAGUGGUCAUCAAUCCAGAUCAAGUGAAGCCAGACAUCGUUUCUCGUGUAUGGGACUCGGUCAAGGACUUACCAGUAACUUUGCGAAAAAGAACAUCCAACUCAUCGGACGAGCCACCAUACUGCAAAGUCUACAAGAGACACCUUGAGCUGUACGUUUCCCACUGUGCUGAUUGGUGGGUACUUAUUCCACUAGAACAACAGGUGAUCCGACAGAAACUUCUAUGCACUCCAUACAUCCAAGAGAGCAUAAAGAGAGGACAAGAUGUUGACAUUCAUCUUCAUGUUCAUGCCAACCUACCAGGGAUGGAAGAGGAGAUUCAAAGACAGGAGGAAAAGAGGUUGUACAGGAAAGCUCAUCCUUCAGUUCCAAUCAACAUUGCGACAAAAUCGAGUGAUGUUAGUGUGGCAUCCUUUCGUGAUGAUGGAAAUGAAAGCAGAAGAGUUCUUCUCUUAAAAGACAUUAAAAGCAAACUGAAACACCUGAUCGUUCUACCAAUGAAAUCACGUGAUGAGGAUCAAUAUUUCCCGGUUACUAUCAUGAUAACGCAAAGUGGAAAAAUCGAUAUUUCAAUAUCUCUUGCUUUUGUCAUCAGAUGUUCAGGUGAACCUGGGACCGAGCAUUCAUUACAACCUCCUUCAUUCGCCCCGGUAGCUGAUGAAAUAUCAAGGAGUGACCUCCAGGAUAUUGAUGUCCGGUCCAUUGCUGACAAGAUGACGGUAGAUCAGUAUUAUGAUUUAGGAGUCGCUCUUGGGUUCCGAGUUCAACAAUUAGACGUCAUGGAAUACAACCGGUUCCGAGACAGGCAUCAUGCUUUCUAUGACAUGCUAAAACAAUGGCGACAAACGCAACCCUCUGGUCAAGAAGCAAAGGAAAACUUGCUCUCACUCAUGAAAUCCUUGGUGUCAUCUACCAAAGAUCUAGAAUUAGGUUUGCUCUUUGUUAACUUGGUAAUCUGUUAUUUUAUUUUUGUUCAACAAAUGUCUAAUUAGUAAAAAAAAAAAAAACAAUCCAAAAUAUUAGCAGUACUCAAACAUGAAUAUAAUGAAAAGGUCAAAUGUUGAAUUUUAAAUGAAAAUAUGAAUGUCAUUCGACAUUCGUCAUUGCUUAUCACAUUAUGUUUAUAUUUUUCUACAGCGCCAAAAAAUGUCCCUCUGAUAAGCGGCUAUAUUACUUCAGAAAAUAAAAAUUAUUCUUAAUAAAAUGUAUACAUCUAGGAGGCUCAUAUCAUGAUCUAACUUAUAAAAAAAAAUAAUUGGUUUCGCUUCAGUGGUUUUGAAUACACAGUCUAUUAUGUAACUGUGGUGCUUUUCAGCCUAUUCCAAGUUUGCAAGCAUGCAGCACUGCUGUGUGUUCUGCACUUUCUAGUGUAUCAACCCCCUUUGAACAUUCUGACCAAGGAAUCCCCUGAUCUGAACAGGGAAAUCUCCAUGAUCUAACCAUGGAGCUAUUA